CUCUCUCUCUCUCUCUUCAAAUUCUGCUUAUUUAUUAAAGCGCAAGUCAAAACGUGCCCAACCCUGAAAAUUUCUCCGCAAAGGCCCCCUCUCUCUUCCUUCCUUCCUCCUCAUAUACACAUCAGUAUCUCUCUCGGCCCACCAAUCAUCAUCAUCGACCAACUACUUGUAAUCCAUAUACAGAGAGCAGAAGACAGAGAGAGAGAGAGAGAGAGAGAGAGAGAGAGAGAGAGAGAGAGAGUUAUGAGUAAUGAAAUAGUAGAGGGUGCCGUGGCCAGCCUCGGCAGAGGCUUCGACUUGACCUCUGAUUUCAGGCUCAAGUUCUGCAAGGGCGGAAAGAGGUUAGUCCAGCUCAAUGAAACAGAGAAGAGGACGCUGGUGAUCCCCGGCUUCGGACCUGUACACAACGUCCCCGGUGACAUACGAUGCGACAAGGGCGAUCGGUGCCGGUACCAAUCCGACAUCCUCGAAUUCAGCAAGAUGUCGGAAUGGUUCAACCAGAAAUCGGCGGUACUGGGGAAGAUCCCCUCUGGUCUGUUCAACUCGAUGUUCGAGUUCCAAAGCAACUGCUGGGCACACGACGCAGCGAAUAUCAGGUACUUGGGCCUCGACGGCUACUUCAUCGUGCUGUUCAACCUCCACAUUGACCGGUACCCGCUCGUCCUCGCCGACGAGGUCCUCCAGGCGGUUCCGGCAGCCUGGGACCCCUCGGCUCUCGCGAGAUUUGUAGAGAAAUAUGGGACCCACGUGAUCGUGGGGCUGGGGGUGGGAGGCCAAGACGUGGUGGUGGUGAGGCAAGACAGAUCGUCCAACUUGGAGCCGUCGGAUCUGAAGAAGCACUUGGACGACCUGGGCGACCAGCUCUUCACCGGGGCUUGCGCCUUGGCUCCUCUUCACUCCAGGACCAAGGAGUCUAAACACCACAAGACACCGCAGGCCUUCAAUCUGUUCGAUUUGCAGCCGAUCGCCUUCAACGACUUGCCCACCUGCAACUCCAAAGAUGGAAUCACGGUGAUUAGCUCGAAGAGAGGAGGGGACACAAAGGCCGAGAGCCACUGCGAAUGGCUCUUGACCGUGCCGUCGAUGCCGGAAGCCAUCCACUUCAGCUUCAUCCCCAUCACUUCUCUCCUCAAAGGCGUCCCCGGCAGCGGCUUCUUGUCCCACGCCAUCAACCUCUACCUCCGCUAUAAGCCUCCGCUACGUGAUCUGCAGUCCUUCCUGGAGUUCCAAACCCACAAGCUUUGGGCUCCCAUGCACAACGACCAACCUCUCGGUCCGACCACGAAUAGAGCCACUUCAUCGCCUUCCCUCAGCUUCGGCUUGAUGGGACCAAAGCUGCAAGUCAACUCUUCCCAGGUUGUAGUAGGGAAGAGGCCGGUCACGGGGAUGCGGUUCUUCCUUGAGGGGAUGAAAUGCAACAAGCUAGCCCUGCACCUCCAACACCUCUCCAACACCCCAUCCAUGCUAGAGAGUUUGGUAGAUGAUACGCCGAUAUGGCGAGGAUCGGAGGAAGUUGCUGUCAGCGACGCCUACUUUGAAGGCAUCCAAGGGAAGAAGUUCUCUCACGUAUGCGUUGCCCAUAUUGAAUAUUUGCCGCCCCCUCCGAAGGACGUUGCCUACAUCGUGACAGGUGCCCAACUUCACGUGAAGAAGCACGACUCAAAAAACGUUCUCCAUCUCCGGCUCCGUUUCUCCAAGGUCUCGCGCUCGUUCCUAGCGUCUCCUACCUGGGACCGUGGGUCCGAACACUCCCAAAAGUCAGGGUUGCUUUCGGCAAUUAGCACGUCUCUCGGGGGAAAUAGCGCUGCCAAAGAGAAAAGUCCGGCAAUACAUAUGGACUCCAGCGUGUACCCGACAGGGCCGCCCGUGCCAGUGCAAACACAGAAGCUUCUGAAAUUCGUGGAUACAUCGCAACGUUGUAAGGGGCCUCAAGAUAGUCCGGGGCAUUGGCUAGUGACCGGAGCUAAGUUGGAUUUGGAGAAGGGGAAGAUUUGCGUGCAUGUCAAGUUCUCCUUGUUGUACCUAAUUACUGGAAUUUGAAGAACAACAAAAGGAUCGAGAUUGAAGUUUUUUGAGUCUAUUACGGAAAUAUACUAAAGGAGUAGAGAAAAGCAGCUCUCUUUGAUGCCGCAAUGGCCACAUUCAAAGUGGAAUGAAGGAUGGUCGAUGCAGUCAUCAAUCAUGCCAUGUCUGUCAUGAAGGGAAUGCUUCGGAACAUGGUGAGAUGAUACGAGAUCGAUGAUGUAAAUGUGAAGUGCGUGAUUCAUAUUUCUUUCAUUUGUUUUUGCCCUUAGUUGAUGAUGAAGAUGUUAAUAUGUAUAUAUGAACAGAAAUAGUUGG